AAAUGCGUUUGUUCACGUUUGUUUCUAUGCGUCUCUAAAAAUAACGGUAUAAAAGUGUAGACAUACUGUGAAGUGAAUUAUUAUUUAGAUUGAACAAAUACAGGAAGCACCAUGUUUCUACCUCUGCGUGCAAUUCGUUCAAUUUCUGGUUGCAAGAAUGUUAGGGGAUUGCAAACAUCGACUGUUCGUGUUUCAGAUCAACUAUUUGUGCAUAGGGACAGCGCAGCGGACAAUCCCAACAUCCCAUUUGAAUUCAAUGAGGCCAACAAGAAACGUAUUGAAGCUUUAUUAAAAAUCUACCCUGAAGGUCAUAAACGUGGAGCUAUGAUACCUUUAUUGGAUCUAGCCCAGCGUCAGCAUGGAUGGCUACCGAUUUCAGCUAUGCAUAAGGUUGCCGAAAUUCUAAACCUACCUCGAAUGAGAGUGUACGAAGUGGCCACGUUCUACACGAUGUUUAAUAGGAGGCCCAUGGGGAAGUAUCACGUGCAAAUCUGUACCUGUACUCCCUGUUGGCUGAGAGAUUCCGAUUCUAUAGUGGAUGCAGUAACGAAAGCGACGAAUUGUAAAAUCGGAGAGAUGUCGGAGGAUAAAUUGUUCACAAUUUCCGAGGUAGAAUGCCUGGGAGCCUGCGCCAAUGCGCCUAUGUUUCAAGUCAAUGAUGAUUACUACGAAGAUUUGACUGCCGAAAGUGCAACAUCUAUAAUAAACGCGUUGAAGAAAGGCGAAAGGCCGCCACCAGGCCCACAGAAAGCUCCUAGAUUCGCAGCAGACCCGGCUGGCGGAUUGACGUCAUUAACAUCACCACCUCCGGGACCUGGAUUCGGUGUCAGAUCCGAUCUAUAACAUAAUUAUAAAUGAUCCAUGUUUAGUUUGUAAGUUCUAGUACUGGUGAUAUUAAAUGUAUAAAUCAAAUCUGUAAUCUUAUUUAAACAGAUACAAUUGAAUCUCUCUUGAUUGAUUGA